GUUUUUGUUGGCCAUCAGCUGUUUCAUAACGCGGGAGGCGUGUUUGACUUCUGCUCUUGAUCCAGAGACAUGUCAGACUAGAACAAAUAAACCCGGGUUAUUGUUCUUUUUUUGUGUUGAUCCGGCUCUGGUUCCGUGCUAAACAUGUCCCGGGUUCUGAUCGUCGGAGCGGGCCUGACAGGCAGCCUGUGCGCAUGUCUACUGAGGAGAGAACUUCAGAACAAAGUCCACAUAGUGGUGUGGGACAAGGCGAAGGGCUCAGGGGGCAGGAUGUCCACCAGUCGUCCUCCGGACUCUUUGUCUCACUCAGCUGAUCUUGGUGCUCAGUACAUCACAGCCACGGCGGCCUACGCUCAGUCACACCACAGUGUGUACUCUGAGCUGAUGACUGCUGGUGUCCUGCAGCCUCUUGACGGUCUGGUUGAAGGACUGAGGCAGAGAGACGGCAGCACGGACUACAUGACGCCACUUGGCAUGAGCAGUGUGGUCAAACACUUCCUGUCUGAGUCAGGAGCUGAUUUGUUCUUCGAGCAUCAUGUGACCGGCCUCUAUCGCCGUGGUGCAUCAUGGGAGGUCCAGAGGAAGGCGGGAGGCAGUGAGAUGUUUGAUGCCGUCGUCCUGACGAUGCCAGUGCCUCAGAUCCUUCAGCUGCAGGGAGACCUGGGCCACAUGCUGUCUGUGGAGCAGAGGCAGCAGUUAGACGGGGUCGUGUAUUCAUCUCGUUUUGCCCUCGCUCUCUUCUUCCCUCCAGACGUGGUCUUCAGUUUCCCCUGGGCGGCUCGAUACGUCACCAACAACCGCUCCAUCUGCUACAUAGCUGCAGACUCUCGCAAACGCAACGCAGACGGUCCCGGUCGAGGUCCGUCCCUCGUCGUCCACACCAGUGUCCCAUUCGGCGUGGAGCACCUGGAGAAAGACAAGGAGGAUGUUCAGCCCAUUAUCUUACAGGAACUGCACAAGCUGCUUCCUGAUCUGCCUCAGCCAAUUAGCAUCAAGUGUCAGAAGUGGAGGUACUCCCAGGUGCUGACCUCAGUGCCCAACUGUCCGGGUCACAUGACCAUCCAUGAUCGCCCGCUGCUUGUAUGCGGUGGCGACUCGUUCGUCCACUCAAACUUCGACGGCUGCGUGGAGUCUGCACUGAGCGUGCUCAGUGUGCUGAAGGCCUCGCUGUGAGGCCGCUGUCCAGCCGGAAGUGACGUCACCAGAAGGAUCUGACUUUGACACAGGUCAAUAAACAGUCAUUAAUGAACAAUCUAAAUGUUCUGAACUGAUUAAAUCUAUUUACAUUUAACACUGGUUAUAUUUCAAUUAUUUGUCUUUAAUGAAUACAAGUGAAGGUUUGUGAAUGGAUCAAUAUGUUUCUUAUUUUAAAGAUCUGAUGUUUAUCAGAAGGUCAGUGUGACAAACUGAUGUGACCAAUAAAGUGUCAUCAUGAGGUCA